AUGCCACCAUUAGUCUCUCAGCUUAAGUGCAAUCAGGCCAUAUGGAGAGGAGAAGGAGAGCAGCACGUCUUCCAUAAGAUACAGUUUCCCCUCCAAGGCUUGGUGCUUCAGAAGUGUCGCUCACAUUUUCGUGAAAACUGGUAAACAUGUCUGGUAUGAUAAUGCUCUGAGUGAAAGUGUGUUCAAGUGUGAGUGAUAACUGAGCAAGGCAGCAGUGUGUUACCACAAAGUUAUUUCUUUGUCCAGUGCGGACUGAGCCUCUGCUCUAAUCUGGGUUAUCUGGCUGUAAUCAUCUUAGCCCACUGCUACUCUUGCUGUUGCUGCAGGGUGGGCACUUUCUCUGGCUUUGUUUCCAUUGCUGUUCAUACAUACACCUGUUGAAGUGUCUCUAGAGCAGAACACAACUAGCAGGGAAGUUCACUUUGCAUGUAGAAGAGCUUGGAGUACAGUCCAAACAGGCUGCCAUGGCUGAACGUCAAGAGGUGGGUUUAUCUGAGGGGACACCUGCUGCAGACAUGUACCCCAGAAAGAUACUGGAGUAUAUGGAAGGAUUCCUCGUCUCCAAGGUGGUUUUCUCCUCCUGCGAGCUGGGUGUGUUUGAUUUGUUGCUGAGUGCAGAGCGCCCCCUGUCUGCAGAGGAGAUCAGUCAGGCGAUUGGAGCCAGUCUGGAUGGCAUACAGAGACUGCUGGCUGCCUGCACCGGUCUGAAGCUCCUUAACACACUCCAGGAUAAUGGACAAGUACUUUACAGUAACACAGAGCAGGCCAGUGUCUACCUGACCCGCUCCAGUCCUUUAUCCCUCUACCAGUCCAUCCAGUACAGCUCCAGGACCAUCUACCUCUGCUGGCAUCACCUAACUGAUGCUGUCAGAGAGGGAAGAAACCAAUAUGAAAAGGCUUUUGGAGUCAACUCAAAAGACCUGUUUCAAGCUCUCUACAGAUCUGAUGAGGAGAUGGUGAAAUUUAUGCAGUUAAUGAACUCCAUUUGGAACAUCUGCGGUAAAGACGUGGUCACGGCCUUCGAUCUUUCGUCUUUCAAGGUCAUCUGCGACCUUGGAGGCUGCAGUGGAGCAUUAGCCAAGCAGUGCACGUCAGCCUACCCAGAAUGCACUGUUACGAUCUUUGACCUCCCCAAGGUGGUGUGUACGUCGAGGGAACACUUUGUCACCGAGGCUGACCAGAGAAUAAGCUUCCACGAAGGGGACUUCUUUAAAGACCCCCUGCCAGAGGGUGACCUCUACAUCCUCGCCAGAAUCCUCCACGACUGGACUGACGAACGCUGUGUAGAGCUCCUCAGUAAAGUCUACAAAGCUUGCAAACCAGGAGGCGCUGUGUUGUUGGUGGAGGCGUUGCUCUAUGAGGAUGGCUCUGGCCCGCUGACUGUGCAACUCUACUCCCUGAACAUGCUGGUGCAAACAGAGGGCAGAGAGAGGACAGCUGCUCAAUACGCUACCCUGCUGACCGCUGCCGGCUUUUCCAACAUCCAACACCGCCUCACUGGGAAGAUCUACGAUGCUGUGCUGGGAAACAAAGAGGCGUAGAUAAGGAUGUUCAUGUACCAGGAUUGAACAGUACAAAAACUACUGUAUUUUUGGAUCUCUUUUAAAAUUCCACCUUUCUUCAACUAAAAAAGAUUUCACACCCUGUAUGACAAUAUAUCCAAGUUCUAUAUCUGCUUUUUUACUGAAUCUGUAUGACUCGUAGAUUUACAUAAAUAUUCAAACCACAUCCCAUUUUUAUGGCUGCUCAAUUCUGCAAACUGAAUAUUCUGGAUGUGCAUCAUUUUCAAUACAGUUGAAAUGAAUGAAUGAAAUAUUUGGUAUCUUUCGGAGCUGAAAUAAAGU